AUGCUUCCUGCGCCACCUGCUAUGUCUCAGGCCUAUGCCUCGUCUCAGUCUGCUGCUGUGGUUCCUGGGACUGACAUUGCUGCUAAUCCUAUGAAUGGAGUGAUAAAAUCAAGAGUAAUAAGUAGGUGGGACCUAGAAAGUGUUGGUACUCAGUACAGAAACGGAUCCCUUAGUCUUGCUAUUGGGGGACUCUCUCUCAAUCAAAGAUGGUGUGACCCAGAUACUAUUCCUCCAUGGGCUUUGAAUAGAGGCACGUGUGUAGCUCUUUUAGAGAACCAGGGGGAGCCCAACUUCCAGACCCAUAUUGACCCCUCCCUCCUAGUCAAUAAGCCUUUUAUUGAGGUGGUUGCUGAUACAGAGGAAUCUGGGCCACUUGAGGAUGGCCAAGUUUAUCAGGAAGUUGUGCGAAAAGGAAAAAAGAAACUCAUGGGUGAAGGAAGACCUAAUUCUUCAGCUAAAAAGGCCAAGGUAAAUUUGAGCUCUAGCCCUGGUGUAUCUCUGCGGUACUCAAACAGAGGAGGGUAUGUUUCUCUUCAGAAAAAUAAAGGAGGAAAAGGUGGAACGCGAGGAGGAAAUGUCUGCCAACGCAAAAUGUGUGUCACAAGUGAAACAAGUCUGCGAGAUGUGGUUGUUAGCCCCUCCAAAGAGAUGGAAGAAGCUGAAAGAUGUUUAAGCAAGUUGAAUACUGAGGAGCGAAAUAGGUUCCAAGGUCAUGGUGGCUGGCCUUCAACAGCCACACGGAGUCAAUGA